AUGCGGCCUCUGGACAUCUGUAGUUCUCACAGUUAUUCUUGGCAUCUUUGUGGCUUAUUUGAUGAUGUAAUAAUUAUCCAGAUGCUCGCUCGAUCCGCUCAAAAAAUCUACGGGCGUGUUCAAAUACCUCAAAUGUCAUAUCCUGAUUUAGCUGAAGCUGCCCUGGCGACUGGACCGUUUGUGAAAUUAAGGAAAUACUCGAAAUGUUUCCGAUACGCUGUCGACGUUACUAUUUGCAUAGAUCUAUUUGGUUCUUGCUGUGUGUACCAAGUGAUGAUUGCUCGUACUGCAAAGCAAUUAGUUGAUGGAACUGACUUAGUUUCUGACGAUGGCGGUAUACCAUUGAGAGCAUAUGUGGCCAUGCUGCUGAUACCCUGCCUUCUUCUAUGCAUGAUCACAUCACUGAAGUAUCUCGCACCAUUUUCCAUUGUAGCUGAUAUUAUAAUAUUAACGGUUGCUAGCGCCACAGUGUACUAUGCCAUCAGACAUUCUACAAAGAGUCCUUUUGAAUUCGAAGCAUUCAAAACGGCGUCCGGUCUUUUUGAAUUUAUGGGUGUCUGUGUGUUUAGUAUGGAAGGUGUAGGAGUUACUUUGGCCAUUGAAAACAAUAUGGAACAACCAAAAAAGAUUACUUUGGUUCUAGCUGGCGGUAUGUCAGUUGUCAUUGGUAUUGUUUUGACUGUUGGCUUCUUUGGCUACUGGGGAUUCGGAGAGAAAUCUAAAUCACCUGUCACCCUUAAUUUUCCAUUGUCACCCUUUCCAAUCGCGUUGAAAGUUGGCAUGGCUGUGAUGGUGUAUGUGACGUUUGCCCUCAACUUCUGGGUACCAUUCGAUCUAGUCUGGUACUACAUUAAACAAAAAUACGAACCCGAAAAGUAUUGGCUGUGGGAGAGAGUGUACAGAGCCAUCUUUGUAACCACUAUAACACUCAUUGCUGUUGUAUUCCCAUCUGUGACAAAGUUUAUAGGAUUGCUGGGUUCUUUCUGUCUCUCCAAUAUGGGCUUCAUAUAUCCAUCAUUUAUUGAACUCUGCUUGGACUGGAAUGACCCAGGACUAGGGGUCAUGAUGUGGCGGCUUUGGAAAUUCGUUUUUAUACUAAUUUUCGGCACCAUUCUUUGCAUAAUCGGUACAUACAGCAACGCUAAAGAACUCAUUAAUGAAGUAUUUACAUAA